AUGCUGGGCGUUUACUGUGUCAUUCACCAACUGGCACUGGCCAGAAAGGUGAUAUUGAACUCUUUCGGAGGCUUCUAUUCUUCAAUUGUGAGGCUGGGCCACCUCUUUGAGACCAGCACGUUCAGAAGCCAGUUCAGGCGCGCGUUGAUGGCCGUUCUCCUUGACCUAUAUCAGUAUGUGCCCGUGUCCGAGAAGCCUGCCCAGUGGAGAGAUUGGCAAAAGCGCCGGAAUGAAAUAUGUAGCAUAGUAUCUGACACUUCAGGCCGCUUUAACAAAAAGCGCAUUCAGCUCUUUCGGGAACUGGCCACGUUCGACAAUGGGAACCCUGAAGGAGAGCGGGUAGUUCACUGGUGCACUGGCGAUUGCUGCGGAGGCCAUGGUUCUCAAACUCACGACGAAAUGUCAAAACGGGCCUUCUUUGAGAUCUCCAAGUACUAUGCAAUCUUAUUUUCAUUUGGUUUCCCAGUACCCCUAGCGUACCGGUGGGUACAUGCCCACCGUGAGGGGUGUGGCCUGCACCAAAUAUUGCAACGGACAUUAGCGUAUUUGUCAGACGACAAAACAGUCAACGACAAUGACCCGUACUUUACACAGCUGGAAGAAUGGUUGUCACAGAGCGGGCUGCCGCAGUCAGGUGAGAAAGAACCGGGGCAAGACCCGGAAGGAUGGGAGUCUGUGGCUAUCUUCAUGGCUUUUGCCUCUGGCGAAAUGGGAGCCAAUCUGCUAUCUUCCUAUACUGAGCUGCUGAACAAAUUUCCUUCACUUAAUGCACCAGAUGUUUCUUUCGAGUACUUCAAUAUUUGCAUCGGGUCUAUGGCUGAGUGCUGGAGGCGGCUGGUUCUGCCGACUCUAUUCUUUCCUUGGAAAAUUUUCCGCCUAUUGUCAUUGGACACAGACCGCUGGCCCGAAGAGAUUUCCAAGUACAAGGACACAAAGAAAGCGUGCCCGCACUGCGUGGAUUACGAAUUUUCUACCAUGAUCUUGGAUUUCCUGGAUGGUGGUCAUGGCAGUGACGAGGACGUUUCAAGCUUUGAGUUCGAAAGCAAUGCUGCAGAAAGCUCAGCAGCCCAGCAGCUGUGCCGAAAUGCACGGUCCACUAUUGCAAAGCAGCGCCUGCUCACUACUUACUCUCGGUUUAAAGAGGCUCCGGAGUGGGCAGAGGUUGAUUCUGGGCUCGCCUCAGCCGAAGGAGUGCUGACACCGGGAUGUCUCAUCCAGCUUCAAGGCGCUGGACUUUUUGACAAAUACUUUUUCCUGGCGCUUGCCAUGAAGAAACCUAUACUUCACGUUUUGUUGCAAGGUGCUGCUAGUGGCCCGAAUGAAGUCAGGAUUCUUGACUCACUUUCCGGACAACCCGCCCUUGUUACAAGUCACCAGAUGUUUCAACAAGUUGUGAGCCUUCACAGUCUCACGGGACAAAGCCGUCCAACAAUUCCAUUUGUGGUCCACACAUAUUCUGUGAGAGGGCUUCAAAAGUUGGAUUCCGUGCGUAUGGAGAGCACAACCGAUGGGCUCGAGUUUCUGUCUGUCAGGUCCAAGGCCAAGAAGUCCACGACUGUUUGCUUACCAUUUGGGAUACAUGAGUCACCUAGAAAGCGGAAAGGGCGCGCGAAAGCAAAAAGUUCUCACCCACAAGGCAAGGCUUCCAAGGUGUCCUCCAAGGACCCAGGUUCAUCCGGCCGGGAUGGAGGCAAGCCGGUUGUUUCUGACACUCUGCCAGCUCCCUCAACAAAGCCGCCUGCAACGUUUUGCAACUCAGAGUUGGGUUUGGUUCAGGUUUCAACCCAGAUUGCGGCAAGAUUGGCCCGGUGCCGCCACUGCUCGCAGUCCAUUCAACGGGGUGAAGUGCGCUUCGGCUACAGCUUUCACCGCCAAAAAUUUCAUUCAUACCUGCAUGCAGCCUGUACGGCUCAACAUUUGAAGCUACAAGGCGCAAGUGUGGAGCAAGCAAUUGGCUUUCUUCACAAAACCAAGGGUGAAGAUCAUCCUCCACAGGUACUUGAGGCAAUUUCUAGUGUAGAGGCGGCUUUGCGGUGCUAG